UCUGGCUCCCCUCCUGAGAUGUGUUCUCCCAGCCCCGCCCGCAGCCCACCUCCCUUCCAUGGGUAGCGCCAGCCUGGCUGAGUUCCUGACGAGCACUCAAGAAUGGAUAGUCCACCCAAGCUGGCAGGAGAAACGCUGAUUGUCCAUCACAUUCCCCUGGUUCAUUGCCAGGUCCCCGACCGACAGUGCUGCAGUGGGAGCAAGAGGACCAAUCCGUUCUGCCAGCCAGACCCGGGCAUCGCGCGGACCGCCUCUCUGCCGGAGCGGGACCUCUCGCAGACAGACUCCCUGGUGUACAGCAACUUGCUGCAGGCCUCGGACGCGCCGCCAGAGGCUGCAGGGGACAAAGAGAGCAAAGCGCGAGACUCGGUCAUCCCCGGCGUCCCGACACGGCACAAUCCCUUCCUCCUGGGCGACAGCGAGGGGCAUGGUCUCCUCAGCGACAACACGGGCCAGAAGUCCUUCCACCUGCACAGCUCCAUGGUGGCCGGCAAGCCGGCCUUCCAGCUGCACGAGCUGCCGCCCUUCCACCUCCACGACGCCGGCCACGUGGUGAAGCCCUGGAGCAUGGCCAGCAGGUCCGGCGUGGUGGACGGGCAAGAGGACAAACUCACAAGCGCCGACGUCCAGAAGCGGAACGACGUUGACUGCUGCCCGCUGGCCUCGGAGUGCAUGGAGCUGGACGAGUGCAGCUGCCAGCGCGGGAGCUUCUCCUUCGAGGGCGGCGACCAGGACUGGAACAAUAGCUCUGACGAGUCAGGGAGGAACCCGGGCGCCCUGCACAGCCGGACCUGCAGCUGCUCCAGCACGGAGCUCCCGCACUGCCGGUGCUACAGCACGUCAAGCCAGUCUGAGACCGGGGACCAGCAGAUGGGAUACAUCAGCGACUCUUCUUGUAACAGCUCGGACGGGGUCCUGGUGAACUUCAGUGCCCUCUACAACAAAAUGAACGGCCAUUCUCGCUCCAACUUGAACUCUGCCAACUUGUCCUGUGACUCUUCCUUCUGCAGCCACUCGGACACCGGGGCCUUUUACCUGGAUCUGCAUUCGUCACCCACGGAAUCCAAGAUGUCUUGUGAAUCGCACAACCCGGAGAGCUCGGGGAAAGUGUGUGGGUGCCACCACCCGUCUUCGCCCGUCUUAGAUGCCAACUGCAACUCCUACCACCUGCACUGCGAGCCGUGCACUUCGGAGAGCUCCGACCUCACCGCUUGCUUCCAGAGCCAAGCCCGGCUCGUGGUGGCCACCCAGAACUACUAUAAAUUAGUCACCUGUGACUUGUCUUCCCAGUCGUCGCCUAGCCCUGCGGGCUCUUCCAUAACCAGCUGCUCUGAAGAUCACACCAAAGGGAGCCCUGUCCAGCCCUCGGAGUACUACUUGUUUCGAAGGCCCGAUGCUCAGCCGGAGGAGAGCGAUGGGGAAUGCUUCAUGGCGGAGACCAAGGGCGAAGCUGUGAAAAACACGAUUGAGGGGCAAGUGUAUGUCAACAUAUCCCCGCCUAACCUGAACGCCGGCCGGCCGCGCUCCAGGAGCUACGAUCGGAACCUGGACCGGAGCCCCACGAGCCGGCUGGGCUCCCUGGAGCGCAUGAUGAGUUGUCCGGUCAAGCUGAGCGAGAGCCCAGCGCUGGCGAUCCAGAGCUCGCCCCCGAAGCGGGUGACUUCCUUUGCUGAGCUGGCGAAAGGCAGGAGAAAGAACGGCUCCUCCCCGCCGCUCAGAACCAGCGGUGACUCCUCCUUGGAGUUCUCGCCCAUCCCCGAGUUCCAGCGGGACUGCCCAGGGCUUCUCGAGGACGGCGCUCGACGCUGCCAGAGUCUCCCGCCCAUGCCGUUUGGCCAUUGCCUGAACCGGAGCUGCGAGGGCUACCGUGUGGAGCACAGAUUCGGGGAUGGCCCGAGGGCGUGUUCCAGCAAAGACUCAGGUGCCAACGGCCAUGGGGCAGCCGAGCAGGCCUCUCUCUCUCUGCUGAUGGAGGCUGGUGCCAGCUUCUCAGGCAGCCCUGCCAGUGGGCACGGACAACGAGAUGUUAGAGCCAGAGCGGAUGGCGGCGGCGAGGACAGCAAGGCCGUGGUGCGGUACAGCAAGGAGCAGCGCCCCACCACCCUGCCCAUCCAGCCCUUCGUCUUCCAGCACCACUUCAGCAAGCAGCCCAAGGCCCGGGCCCUGCACAGCCACUUCGCUGCCAGCCUCUCGCAGCUCUACAGCGCCUCCAGCAGCCGGCCCGCCAGCCAGCAGCCCUCCUCCAACUCCCAGUCCUCCGCCUCCGCCACCUCGGCGGAGCAGCCCGGGGCCGCGGGGGGCCUGGCGCAUGGCGCGCUCCUGGCCCAGCGCUCGGCGGACGGAGCCGCCUCCCUCGGCGACGGCUACGCCAAGAAGCCGGCCCCGGAGAGCACCCGGCCGUCUCCCCUCGGGAGCUACUCCCCGGUGCGCAGCACUGCCCCUUUCUUCCAGAGCUUGGACUCGUCCUGCUCGCCCACCCCGGAGAGAGCCGGCGAGAGCCACCCUCCCCGCAGCAGGUCCUGCCCGCUCUCUGCCAACCUGCUCCCCACCAGGGCCUCCCCCUCUGCAGGCGCCGCGCUGCCCGCCCAGGCUGAUGCCCUGCACCGCCAGGAGAGCCCCCGGCCAGUCCCCAGGAAGGAGGCGCCGUUGGAGCAGAGGGCGCAGGGCUCCGAGUACCGACUCCAUGACCGCUCCCUCCCACCUCUGGCAUCCGAGGGGGCGAGUGCGAGCCGAGCGGGGGGCCCUGCGGAGCCCCAGUGGAGAGGCAGCAGUGAGGCCGGAAGUUCGGGGUCACUGAGCAGUGUGGGCACACGGCCCCUCAAUGCAAACCACCUCUCCCCUCAAGCACUGAAGUGGCGGGAGUACAGGCGGAGGAACCCCCUGGGCCUGGACCGCGGCUCGGGGCUGGCUGGGUUAGCAGGCAGCCUGGACAGGAGGCAGCAGGAGCCCCAGCUCGCCCGGAGGAACCCCAUCUUUGAGUUCCCUGGUUCCCUCAACACCGGCCACGUUCAUGGCAGGCUGAAUGGCCAGCCUGUGAAACCGCUCCAGCUGGGCUACGCCGACUUCUUCCCGGAGUACUUCUCGCUGGCGGAGAAGCCGCCGGCCGAGUUCUGCCUCUCCCCGGAUGGCAACACGGAGUCCAUCUCCAUCGACCUGCUGCAGAAGAAAGGGCUGGUGAAGGCCAUCAACACGGCCGUGGAUCUGAUUGUGGCUCACUUCGGAACGAGCCGGGAGCCGGGGGUGAAGGCCAAGCUUGGGAACAGCUCGGUGAGCCCCAACGUGGGGCACCUCAUCCUGAAAUACCUGUGCCCGGCCAUCCGAGACAUCCUGAGCGACGGGCUCAAGGCCUACGUCCUGGACGUGAUCAUCGGCCAGCGGAAGAACACGCCCUGGAGCGUGGUGGAGGCGUCCACCCAGCUAGGCCCCUCCACCAAGGCGCUGCACGGCCUCCACAGCAGGAUCAGCCAGUUCGCCGAGCUGACCAGCCACAGCAUGAGGUUCAACGCCUUCAUCUUCGGCCUUCUCAAUGUCCGGGCUCUGGAGUUCUGGUUCAAUCACCUCUAUAACCACGAAGACAUCGUCCUGGUGCACUACCAGCCGGUGGGCUUCCUGUGCCUGUCCCACGGCGUGUGCCAGCCCCUCUUCGAGGAGCUGCUGCUCCUGCUCCAGCCCCUGACCCUGCUGCCCUUCAGCCUGGACCUGCUCUUCGAGCACCACCUGCUGCAGAUGGGCAAGGAGCACCGGCAGCAGAAGCAGCUGCUGCGGGUCAAGCAGGACCUGCUGCUCUCCGUUCACUCCACCCUGCAGCUGAUGCGCACGCGGGGCAGCCCCGAGGAGCCGGACGGCUGGAGCGCGGCCCCGGAGCAGGGCCCGGGGAGCGCCGGGGAAGAGGGGCUGUCUGCCGGCCGGGGCCAGGAGGGAGCGGCGUGGGAACGGGUCAAGGGGGUGGGCGCCUCCUGCGCGGCCGGCGCCAGGGAGGAGGAGCAGAGGAAGGCGAAGGACAGCGCCUGGGAGGGGAAGAAGGACAAGCAGGCCGGCUGGUGGUACCAGCUCAUGCAGAGCUCUCAGGUUUACAUCGAGGGCUCGGCCGAGGGCUCCAAGUUCAUCCGCCCCGAGAAGAAGAAGCCGAAGGCGCCAGGAGCUGCGCCCCGGCCGGCCGAGGGCGGGAAGGACCCCCCUCCCCGCGAGGGCGUGGUGGAGGGGGCGGAGGCCUGCCCGGUCGCCGAGGAGAAGCCCAGAGCUGCGGCAGAGCCUGGGGAGAAGCCGGGCGAGGCCAACGAGCGGAGCUGGCCCUCCUGGAUGGGGAGCCCCCCGGACUCGGUGCUGACAGAGCUGAAGCGCAGCAAGGACAAGGAAAACGGGGCUCCCCAGAGACAGGGGGUGGCCACGCCCCCCGCGGAGGAGAGCAGCCCUGGGGCCCCCGACAGCAGCCAGCCCAUCAAGUGGGGACACCUGUUCGGGGCUAGGAAAGUGCAGAAGGAGGCCAGGCAGCCCAACAGGUUACCCUCCGGCUGGCUGACCCUGGACAGGUCCGUGUUCCAGCUCAUGGCCCAGACGGUGGGGGCAGGAAUGUGGAGAGAGGCGGCCCCAGAGCCCGAGCGGCCCAGUGAGCCCCCUGAACAGCAGCUGCCUGGGGGGCUGCCCCCCCAAAUCCCCUGUGAAGUGAAAGCGCUUUGCCAUCACAUCGCCACCGAGGCGGGGCAGCUCAGCUUCCCCAAAGGGGCCGUCCUGCGCGUGCUGGCCAAGGUGGACGGCGACUGGCUGCGGUGCGGCCUGGGCUCGCAGAGCGGGCUGGUGCCCAUCAUGUACGUCACCCACCUGGCGGACGAGGACUAUUGACGCGGCCGGGACGCCGCGCACAGGACCACAGGCUGCUCUGCGGGGCCGCCCGGCGGGGGGGACAGACGCAGCUUCUCGCUAGUCCGUACCGUGCUCGCCCUGCCCGACAGCCCUGGGGGCGCCUCGCCUGCCCCAUGCACCUGCCACGGCUGCCGCGCCCCGGGGGACCUCACGCCAGGCGCCGCCGUGCAUGCAGCCUCCCAUCACCGCGCUCCAUCUCCAGCACCGGAUGCCACGGCCUCGGACGUAGCAGGACUCCAGGCGGCGUCGCUCUGCAGUGGGGACCGCCGAGCCAAGUACCCUGCUGGGCUGGGGGCUCCUGGACUGGGCAAGGGCUGGCCGCCGGAGACUACAGCCCCCAGCAUGCACUGCUCCGGCUCGGGCCGAGCCAGCUGGCCCACUGCAUGCUGACCGGGCCUCUGCUGCCGGCUGCCCCCUUGUGGCGUCAGGCUGCAUUGCCGUGCUCGGCCUGGGCUGCUUGUGGCCCAAUCAGCACACGGCUGCGGCCCAUGUGACAGGCUCAGGGCCAUACAGGGGGGCUGUAUUGUGUGGCGGCGCCCACAGGACACCCAUGAGCUGCCCACCAUGGUCGCUCGGCUGCGAAGCCUGGCGUGCGUGCAGCCCCGGGCGCACACUGUGUGAAUGCCGCAUGUAUUGUACCAAGCCCAGGAACCCGGCCAGCAGCCUGGCACGGCCACACCACGGGCCUCCUGCUGGCCGGGCACGGGAUGAGUGCGUCUAGGCCAACAGCCGUUCAGUGUUAGAGGGGAUGAGCCCUGUGCAGC